CAUCUUGUUAGGUUAGUGCCGUUUGGUAAUGAACAAUAUUGGGAUUACCUUGUGCUUGAUGAGGUCUUCCCGUAUGUACUUUUAUACACUCUUUCUGUGAAUUAAUGCACUAACCGUUUUCUUUAGAAAUAAGAGAUUCUACAAAAGAAAAAAACAAAACAAAGAUAAUGAAAGCCUUUAAAAAAAAAGAGAGAGUAAACUGAAAAAAAGGGCUAGGGUUUACAAAUGACAACAGCCAAAACCGGUGGGAGCAUUGUAUUUGUUCAUCCUCAGCAACCCCGGUUUUAAGAGCGCGCCACCACUCCCUCCUCCACCUCCGCCACCCCUGCACCGUCCAUACGCUGCUCAAUUCUACUGCAACCGCCGUCAAAUAAUCCACAAUUUUCUCUCUCAUAAGAUUCAAAGAGAAAAAUGACGAAAUCAUCCAAAAAGAGGCAGAAGUACGGCUCAUUAUUCGCACCGGAGCAUACUGCCGGCGUCGAUGAAAUUGUCCGCAUUAAAAUUCACAAUAUUCUCGAACAGUUUCGUUCUUCUCAUGAUCAAGUAUAUACUUUUGAAGCUAACAUGACUAACCAUGAAUGUGCUGUGGUUCAUCAAGAGUCCAAAAAAAUGGGCAUGAUUUCAAAAAGUUCUGGGAAAGGGAAACAACGGCGUGUUGCAGUAUUCAAAAGCAAGCCAAAGUUAGAAUGCUCAGAGCAAAGGGAAAAUCCUGUGAUCACAUUCUCAGAUGAAUCUAAAAGGGUUUUGAAUGACCUUUUUAUUCGUUAUCCACCUGGUGAGGAUGAAGUUGGAAAAGAAUAUUCUAAUGGGCCCACUGAUAAUAACAAUAAUCCUAGGUCACGGGGUAAAAGAGAGAAUAUAUUCUGUAAGCCUUUAAUGACCAAGGAUGAAAUAGAAAAGCAGGUGGAGCUGCUCACGAGCAAGAUACAGCAAAAACAUCACUUGCAAGAGAUAUCUAAGAAAAGGUCUAAGCUUCCUAUUGCAACUUUCCAGGAUGUUAUUACGUCAACAAUCUUAACUCAUCAGGUUGUGCUCAUAUCUGGAGAGACUGGUUGUGGGAAGACUACACAGGUUCCUCAAUAUCUUUUAGAUUCCAUGUGGGCUAGGGGUGAGGCUUGUAAAAUAAUCUGUACACAACCACGACGUAUUUCGGCUAUGUCAGUUGCGGACAGAAUUUCUCAUGAAAGAGGAGAAAAUAUUGGAGAAAGUGUUGGAUACAAGAUAAGAAUGGAUACCAAAGGUGGAAGAAAUUCAUCUAUUGUAUUUUGCACAAACGGAAUCAUGCUGAGGGUGCUUGUUGCUGGUGGCUCUAAUGGAUCCCAACCAGGAGCUGUAGAUCUUUCUCAGAUCUCCCACAUUAUUGUGGAUGAGAUUCAUGAAAGGGAUCGAUACUCUGACUUUAUGCUUGCGAUCCUCAGAGACUUGCUUCCAACCUAUCCACAUCUACGCAUGGUACUUAUGAGUGCUACACUUGAUGCUGAAAGGUUUUCUCAUUAUUUUGGAGGCUGUCCAGUUAUCCGUGUGCCCGGAUUCACUCAUCCUGUCAAAACUUUUUACUUGGAGGAAAUUCUGUCCAUAUUGAGAACUCCAGACAAGAACCAUCUUCUUAACUCUAGUUUGUCUAGUCAAGUGAAUGAAGAGGGCAGCUUGAGUGAGCAAUCUCGUUUGGCACUAGAUGAGGCGAUUGAGAUGAGUAGUUCAAAUGAAGAAUUUGAUACUCUCCUAGAAUUGAUUUCUUCAGAUGGAACAUCCAAAGUUCUGAAUUACCAGCAUUAUUUAACUGGAGUGUCCCCGUUAAUGGUAUUUGCUGGUAAGGGAAGAGUUGGUGAUCUUUGUACACUUCUUUCCUUAGGUGCAGAUUGCCAUCUGCAGGCCCGUGAUGGGAGCACUGCUUUAGAUUGGGCUAAGCGUGAAGAUCAAUCUGAAGCUGUAGAAAUCAUAAUGAAACACAUGGUUGAUAGCUCUUCAAGCUCAGUGGAAGAACAGCAGUUGCUUGAAAAAUACAUGUCAACUACUAAUCCUGAUUUUAUUGAUGUUGUCUUAAUUGAGAAGUUGUUGAGGAAGAUAUGCAUGGAGUCAGAGGAUGGAGCUAUUCUUGUUUUUCUUCCAGGAUGGGAAGAUAUAAAUAGGACUCGGGAGACUUUAUUGGCUAAUCCAUUUUUCAAGGACCCCCAUAAGUUUGCAAUUUUCUCUCUUCACUCUAUGGUUCCAUCAGCUGAGCAAAAGAAAGUUUUUAAUCGGCCACCUGUAGGUUGUCGUAAAAUUAUCCUUUCGACUAAUAUAGCCGAGACUGCCAUCACCAUUGAUGAUGUUGUCUACGUCCUUGAUAGUGGUCGAAUGAAGGAGAAAAGUUAUGAUCCAUAUAUUAAUGUGUCAACCCUGCAAUCUUCUUGGACUUCAAAGGCAAGUGCAAAACAACGAGAGGGGCGUGCAGGCCGUUGCCAGCCUGGCGUCUGUUAUCAUCUCUAUUCAAAACUACGAGCAGUCUCCUUUCUGGAUUUCCAGGUGCCUGAAAUAAGGAGAAUGCCAAUAGAGGAACUAUGUUUGCAGGUCAAGUUGCUUGAUCCGAAUUGCAAAGUAGAGGAUUUUUUGAAGAAAACACUAGAUCCUCCAGUAUCUGAGACAAUAAAAAAUGCUAUUACUGUUCUACAAGAAAUUGGCGCGUUGUCAAAUGAUGAGGGAUUGACAGAAUUAGGAAGGAAACUGGGUUCGUUGCCUGUGCAUCCAUUAACCAGCAAGAUGCUAUUCUUUGCGAUAUUGUUGAAUUGCCUGGAUCCUGCCUUGACGCUUGCUUGUGCAGCUGAUUAUAGAGACCCCUUCACUUUACCUAUGUUACCCAAUGAAAAGAAAAGAGCAGUUGCAGCAAAAGCAGAGCUUGCGUCAUUGUAUGGAGGAAAUAGUGAUCAAUUGGCGAUUGUUGCAGCAUUUGACUGCUGGAGGAAUGCGAGGAAAAUGGGUCAAGAAUCACGGUUUUGUUCUGAAUAUUUUGUGUCCUCGAGCAUUAUGCAUAUGCUGUCUGGUAUGCGUAAUCAACUUGCAAAUGAGUUAACCAGGGCUGGGUGUAUACCAGAUGACAUAUCAAGCUGUAGUAUGAAUGCCAGGGAGCCGGGCAUAAUUCGUGCAGUUAUUGUGGCUGGCAUGUACCCAAUGGUGGGAAGGUUGCAUCCACCUGUUAGGAGGGGUAAAAGGCUGACUGUGGAGACUGCUAAUAGUGGUUAUGAUAGAGUUCUAUUACACCCACAAUCAAUGAACUCAAAGUUAUAUAUGAAGAAUACUGAUGAGCUACCUCUACUCGUAUAUGAUGAGGUAACUAGAGUAGAUGGGUCUUUGCACACAAGGAACACUACUAUUAUCAGUCCAAUUCCUUUAUUAUUACUUGCAACUGAAAUUGUUGUGGCACCUGCAAGGGACACUGGUGAUGAUGAUAGUGGAAGUGAUGCUGCUGGUGAUGAAGAUAGUGAUGAAGGUGAGAUGGAAUGCCUUGAAAAGAAAAAUGAAAAACCAGAAGACAAGGUCAUGUCAUCACCUGAAAAUGCUGUUACAUUAAUUGUUGAUCGCUGGCUGCCCUUCGUAUCAACAGCCCUUGAAGUUGCUCAGAUUUACUGUUUGAGAGAGCGGUUGUCUGCGGCUAUCCUUUUCAAAGUAACAUAUCCAAAAAAGGUUCUUCCGCCAGCUCUGGGAACAUCCAUUUAUGCAGUUGCUUGUAUUCUUGCAUAUGAUGGGAUGACGGGAGUUUCAAUCCUCAAGGAAUCUGUGGACACUUUGACUUCAAUGGUACAUAAUACUGGAAUUGGUAAUUCAUCUGCAGAGCAGAAUAAGGCAAAUCCUGCUGCAAAAAGUUUCCUCAUAUCUCUAUUCAGCUAUAGUACUAAAUACCAUGAAUCUUCAUCUCAGCCUGUGCAAGUGCAAGCAAAGAAACACUCAUCAAAACGACGACGUGGCAAUAAGUCCGGCCAAGGAGGGCCGUAAGGAUGAUGUUAUACAAUUUCUGUGGGGUAAUGUUGUAAUACUAUUACCGCUCCUGAAGCGGGUUUUGAGGAGCUGUCGGUCUGUGGCAGAAUUGAUGAAUAUCUUCUGCCUGUUUUGGUGUAGUGGCUAUUGUGCUGCAUUUGUUGAGCCUUAUCUUAUGCCUGAUUGGAAGCUAGGUUUUCGAGCUCACCUUUGAAGCUAGGUUUUCGAGCUCACCUUUGAAGCUAGGUUUUCGAGCUGACCUUUGAAUUUACCUUGGGAUCUGCGCAGCCCCCUAUACUAGGUUUUCAUACACCAAACAUUCUGUAAAUAGUAAGUUGUAGUACUGCAGUGACCCCGAAUAUCUUGUUAUUUUUCCCGAUGUAAAGUAUUGACUUACCACAAAUUAAUGCGAAGGAGCUAUUACAUUUUUGAGUUUAUGCAAUGGCAAUUAGUCUCCGUAUUUUUUUAGCCUUCUGAUUAUGUUGUCAGUACUUGUAUUAACAAUAUCAACUUUAUUUCACAGAA